GACAAGAAUGGUUAUGGAUGCAUAAAGCAAAAAUAAGCUUUGAAUUUUCUCCUGAAGCCCGUAGCCACCAUGCUAAAAUUGUAAUAGAUGGUAUGAGUAUCCCAUUAAUCGAAGAAGGUAGCAGGUCCUCUAAAAAUAACUUAUCUAAAUCAACGGAAUCUAAACCUAGUCUAGCUCAAGAGGAG